GUGCUUUCUUAUGAUUGGCUAACUUCACCGUCUUCAUUUAAAGAUGGCGGCCAAACACUUUCCGGUUGCUGCAACACAACAAGAACAGCUCCCCUCUUGACAACACUUACUUCAUUAGACGCACAAUAAUGGCGGGCGAAACUAACACCGGACAAGUUAAAUGGACACACAUGGCACCUUCACAUGCAGUGAAGAGAGAUGCGGGUCCGAAAUAUUCGCGAUUUGGUGAGCGCAUUCGCCAUGUUACCCCGGGAGCGCUGCAAUGCUCAAUGUUUUGUGGUGGAAAGCAAUGCAAAUACGAAAACCCAAACAAGAUAAAAACUGAUGAAAUGGCGAUAAAAGGACUUUAUUCUUCAUGGAUAACUAAGGACAUCCUUGCGACUGCUAGGCCAUCGUCUGAGGUCAUCAAGAGCCACUGUGUACUCGAGCAGUUCAAAGAUCUUGGAAUCAAGUCUAUUAUAAACCUUCAGCACCCAGGAGAACAUGCGAGCUGUGGUUAUGGAUUGCAGGACUCUGGCUUCUCUUACGACCCUGAGGCAUUUAUGCAGGUGGAAAUUUUCUUUUACAACUUUGGAUGGAAUGAUUAUGGUGUGCGUUCCCUGGAGUCCAUUCUAGACAUGGUGAAAGUGAUGUCAUUUGCACUACAGGAAGGAAAGACUGCUGUCCAUUGCCAUGCUGGAUUGGGUCGAACUGGUGUUUUAAUUUGCUGUUAUUUUAUUUAUUCAGACAGACUAACUGCCGAAGAGGCUAUUCAUUUGAUGAGAAAAAACAGGCCUAAAGCAGUACAGACUCGUGGUCAAAUUGAGUGUGUCAAGGAUUUCUACAAGUUCCUAUCUCAUCUGUGGGUGAUUUUCCCAUCAAGUCAUUCAGAGGCAAAACAAUUUACACUCGAGAACUACUUGAAAAAACAAAGACACUUGUUGCACGGAAUGGAGGCUCGAGAGCUACGUAACAUACCCAAGAUUGUGUUUGCCGUGUGCUCUCGCUUGUUAGAGCUCGCUAGUGUCAAAUCCGAGGAAGGAGACAUGACAUGGAAGUUGCCUAGCGAUGCCAAGAAAGCCUUUUCCGAGAAAGAAGAACCGGAGGAGACUGAGAUGAGCGCGGACUGCACAGACACAGGGAAGAAGUUGGUGAAAGAUUUCAAUUUCGAGCGUGAAGAUACAGAGACAGAACUCAAACACAAUCCUUACGUAGAAAAUCGUGUCGACCCAAAGGCACAGGAAUGCUCCUUACAGCGUUCACAAAGUACUGAAGACGUCAUUAAUGACGUCAGAGGCAUUGAUGACCCGCAUCUAGUGCGGCGCCUGUCGGCAUUAGGAUCGCACGCUGGCCUCUCGCGGGCGCAUUCCGAGUCAGACUUGACUGUGCCUCAGUGCUUUGAUGUAGAGCGCAUGCCCCGUAGGGAGGCGCCGCUGGGCAAGCCUGCAAUACACGGUGUUAGAUUGGAACCUUUAAAUGUCUGCGUGGAAAAAAAAAAGAAAAAGAGUAGAAAAAGUAGCAAGUCUACGAAUGAUGAAACAAAGGUCGUUAAUGCUGAUAGUUCUGCUAAGAACAAUCCUAAAACCGUUGUUGACAGUGGUAUAAGCGGGACUGUGAGUUGUGGGACAGUUACGGCUAGUACUAGUACCCAGUCCACGGAAGAAGAUAGAGUGCUGGUGGCGAAGGCCCUAGCAACGAGCGCAUGUGCAGAUCAUGGGGUACAUAACAGAACUGAGAAACUAAAGCGCAAAUUGAAUGCGAGUGACUCGGGCUGGGAGGAGCUGAGGACGGAGGGGGACCCCUGGGUGUUGUCCCGGCUUCUCUGGACAUGGCUAGAAGAGCUUGCGUGCCCUGUGCUGAGUGAGUCCGACAUUGAGGGCUUGUGUGAUAUGACACGUGACCCUAUCAAGGCCGUCAAACAACUUCCCAAGGGAACCCGAGAUACGCUAGAGUGCUUGUUUACGACAAUGGCUGAGCUGCUCCCUCUUCCCUCGGCUGACCUGGAAGAUCGCGCGCUGCGCAGACUCAGUAUGGUUCUCACUCAAAACCGCGUGCUCUCUCUCACCAAUCCUCGCGCGUCCUUCGACAGAAUGGCAUCCAACUCCUCAGAGGGGCUCCCAGAGUCGUCACCCGAGGGGGGUGGUGACGAAGACGACGGUGCGUUCACCGACAAUGACUCCACGGCUUCAAUGGAAUACAUGACGUCAUCGCCCUCAUACAAACUCUUACUCUUUCUCAGAGAACUCAUGGGGAGACUUAAGGAAACUAGGCCGUCCAGUCGGCCGUGAAAUGGUUAUGGUGGUGAUGGGGGGUCCAAUUUAAAAUCUUAAUACUCAGUAUAGGUCUUUCCUCAAACUCUUGGACUCUUGGUUUCCUCGUGGCUUCCUCGUGCAAAUUUUAUGAUCAUAUCAGUGCAGUGGAACUCGGAUAUAGCUAGAGACUUUCGGUAUAAUGAUGUCGAUUUCUAGUCCCGCAAGCAGUAAUAUAUAUGGGAAAUCAUCUCGAGAAAACGAUGCAUUUUGCGGUCCCUUACCGAUAUCGGUGGUUCUCAUAUGGGUACUACAGUUCUCACAAAAUGGGGAAUAUGACUCGGGAUCGCUUGAAAAGUCAUUUGGCAUGACAGCUUUAUGCCACUCGACGAACAGAUAUCUUUGUCACCUACACAAAAUAACUAAUAUUGUAUGGUGUAAUUAUUUCAGUCUCUUCGGUUUACGAUUUUAUUUAUUGAUGAAUAUGAUUUUUAUCGAAAAUGUUGAUAUUUAUUAAAAUCAAAUGUGUCUCGUCA